UAUAUGCCUGUAUUCUGUAAAUAUACAUUUCUCUUUAAUAAAUAAGUUUUAGUGGCUCGAUUGCCUCCCAAUUGAACAAUUCUUUCACUUAACCCGGGAGCACUCGAGAGUAACCAUGCGGAGCUUGUGGCUGAAUACCCUGACCAGACAAGGUCUAUAUCGGUUGAGUACCUUGAAGUACUCCACCAGCGUUGAGCCAAAGGAACCCCUUGUAAAAACAAAAUCGAUACCGGGUCCUAAAUCAAUUGAGCUUAAAAAGCAACUGGAUUCCGUGCAGGCCACCGGAACGAUCCAAUUCUUUGCUGACUACGACAAGUCCAUUGGCAAUUAUAUCCACGACGUUGAUGGAAAUAUAUUGCUGGAUGUUUACACACAAAUUUCUUCCGUACCUCUGGGUUACAACCAUCCUAGGCUAUUCAAUGUGUUCAACAACGAGCAGAAUGUGAAAACCUUGAUUAACAGACCUGCACUUGGUGUCUUCCCCGGUAAGGAGUGGCCGGAAAAACUGCACUCAGUUUUACAGAGUAUUGCUCCAAAGGGACUUAACAAGAUUACAACCAUGAUGUGUGGUUCUUGUUCCAACGAAAAUGCCUAUAAAGCUAUUUUUAUUUGGUAUCAGAACAAACUCCGUGGAAAUACCCCUCUUACGGAUCAGGAGAGAAACUCCUGCAUGAUCAACAUUCCUCCUGGAGCUCCUAAGCUAAGUAUUCUUUCCUUCAAGGGUGCAUUCCACGGGCGAACCCUGGGCGCUCUCUCUACUACACAUUCGAAGUAUAUCCACAAACUGGAUGUGCCUUCCUUUGACUGGCCCAUUGCCUCGUUCCCACAGUACAAAUAUCCUUUGGAGGAGAAUGUAGCGUACAAUAAGAAGGAGGAUGAAAAGUGCCUAAGCGAAGUGCAGGAUUUGAUCAAACAGUAUGCCAGCAAGGUUCCAGUGGCUGGUGUUGUGGUGGAGCCCAUUCAGAGCGAGGGAGGCGACAAUGAGGCUUCUCCCGAAUUCUUCCAGAGCCUUCAGGCCAUUUGCAAGAAGAACGGCAUCGCUCUCCUGAUCGACGAGGUGCAAACUGGAGGUGGUAGCACUGGAAAGUUCUGGUGCCACGAACACUUCAACCUGGACGGUCCCCCGGACGUGGUUACCUUCAGCAAGAAGCUGCAGCUGGGCGGCUACUUCCACAACGAUGAUUUUGCUCCCAAGGAGCCCUACCGAAUCUUCAACACCUGGAUGGGAGAUCCGGGCAAGGUCCUGCUCCUCGAAGAGAUCCUUAAAGUGGUCAAAGAAGAUAAUCUCUUGGCCAACGUCAAUGUGGCCGGAAAGGUUCUCAAGGAGGGCUUGUUGAGCUUGGAGAAGGAGUUCCCCCAUAUUUUGAACUCCACCCGUGGACGUGGCACAUUUUUGGCCAUCAACUGCACCAACACCAAUGUGCGAGAUCAGAUUGUUGGGGCUUUGAAAUUGCACGGCGUCCAAACGGGAGGAUGCGGUGAGAUUUCCAUUCGAUUCCGCCCGGCUUUGGUAUUCAAGGAAUAUCACGCCAAUAUUGUCCUGGACCGCUUCCGCCAAGUAUUGAAGGCCAUCUAAGAACAACUUUUAAUUAUUUGAAAUGAAUGUGCUCUGAAAAUUGAAAUUGCUUGCCAAUAGAAGUAGUAAAUAAUGCAUCCACGCAGACCUCUAUUGCAAA